GUGGAAGUAACUUGUGUGCGUGUAGAUAUAUUCGUCGGACGUGAUAGAAUAGUUGUUCCCUGUGCGAGUGUUCAUAUUCUGAGAACUACCCCGGCGCCUGCGCUUUUUUACAAGGGGUUUUCUGACGCGCCAUAUCGUGUGAGCUGGUUGUUCGUUUGUUGCUUGUUUAUAUAUGCAAUAAUACUAGAGGGAUAAGAGAGCAAUUUCUUGUGCGGCUGGCCGUACGGUAUUAUUAUUGUUUAAAAACUGAUGCGGUUUCGAACGGAAGCGCAUUUAUCGAUCGCUAUUUUUGUAGAUGAAGUGACAUAUUAUUGUGGCGUGUGUUUUUAUCCGUGUCGUGCGUAGUGUGCGGUGAUGAAUGGACAGUCUUCGUUGCCCGUCGCGGGCAUAAAGACUUCGCCGAGCUCCCGGCCGCCGAUAGCGGGUCCCGGGAGUUACUUGUACACGUCAAGUAGUACCCUGUUGGGCGCUCGUUCUGCGACGGGGCCGGCUGUUACAGCUGAUAAGCCUUCCGUGAGACCCGUACCGCCCCCGACUCUGCCAAAAUACACAAAUUCGUUUAACGCGGGCGGAGUGCGGGAUCGCGACCGCGAUGGUGGAAUAGGCGGCAGCUACAGAUUGGCAAGUCUCGAUCGUCUUGCAAUGAGACAACGCCUGAUCGAGCAGACCGCGAAUAAUGGAACCGCUAAUGGACUCCAACAAAACGGUACUGCCGACAAUAAAGAAAAUACUACAACAAUGUCGAGCACCGCCGUCGGGCUGCAAAGUAAGCGCGAACUGUUCUUCAAAUCCGAGAGCCCCAGUAGCCCUGGUGUUCCACCGCCUCAACCGCCUUCGCUAGCAACUUCGCCUAAUGGUCAACCGCCUUCUACAAUUCCAACCGCCACUCAGCCAUCAUCACAAGCAUUGACUAGUACUGCGCCAGUAGCCGCAAUUAAAGAGACCCUAGUCAAAAAGGCGGUAGCUUCCGCACUGGAAAACCAGGAGAACCAAGACUCGAACCGAAUGAACAAUUCAUCUUCCGCUCACCGUCUUCCUCUUUCGCAACAUCAUCAUGGACCGAGCGGAGAUCAUCUGCCAAAUAAUAGCACCACUCAAAAUGAUACCAAACUUCCACUCCAUACAAAGCCAGAUCCUCCUGUACGCCAAGACACCCUAAGGGAAAAACCAAAGCCAAAAGAAUUGGAUGGAUAUGUAGGUUUCGCAAAUCUUCCAAACCAAGUGUAUCGCAAGGCUGUCAAGAAAGGAUUUGAAUUUACAUUGAUGGUUGUAGGUGAAUCAGGUCUCGGUAAGUCUACCUUGAUCAAUUCAAUGUUCCUGUCGGAUGUAUACAGCCCGGAUCAUCCAGGACCAUCUCAAAGGUUGAAAAAAACAGUGGCCGUUGAAACGAGUCGUGUCCUUUUAAAAGAAAACGGUGUCAAUCUAACACUUACGGUCGUUGACACACCGGGAUUUGGAGAUGCUGUGGACAAUAGCAAAUGUUGGGUACCAAUAAUUGACUUCGUUGAAUCGCGCUACGAGGAAUUCUUAAAUGCCGAAUCUCGCGUCACACGUCGAUCUCUUCCUGACGGUCGUGUUCACUGUUGCCUCUACUUUGUAGCACCUACCGGUCAUGGUUUGAAACCAUUGGACGUGGAGUUUAUGCAACGCUUGGGGGACAAAGUUAACAUUGUUCCUGUGAUUGCAAAAGCCGACACAAUGACUCCAGAAGAAUGUGCUCAGUUCAAGAAACAAAUAUUGAAUGAGAUCGCGAGGCACAAAAUAAAGAUCUACGAAUUCCCAGAUUGCGACGAGAAAGAUGGAGGCGGACAAGAGGAUGAGGCAGAAAUUAAAUUAUUGAAGCAGAUGAGGUCGAAAGUUCCAUUUGCCGUUGUUGGCGCCAAUGCUAUUAUGGUUGACGGUAAAGAGGUUCGAGGCAGAAAGUAUCCUUGGGGAGUUGUUGAAAUGGAGAAUAUGGAACACUGUGAUUUCAUUGCUUUGCGCAACAUGGUAAUCAGAACACAUCUUCAGGACUUGAAAGAUGUCACGAAUAGCGUUCACUAUGAGAAUUACAGAUGUCGAAAAUUGGCAGGUUUAGGAUCUGAUGGAAAACCAUCACGCAUAUCAAAUAAGAAUCCUUUAGCUCAAAUGGAAGAAGAAAAAUUAGAACAUGAUAACAAGAUGAAGAAAAUGGAAACUGAAAUGGAACAGGUAUUUGAAAUGAAAGUGCGUGAAAAGCGGCAAAAGCUUAGAGAUUCCGAAUUAGAAUUGACUAAGAGGCAUGAAACCACUAAGAAGGCCUUAGAACAGCAAGCCCGCGACUUGGAUGAUAGGCGCAAAGCAUUUGAGCAAGAAAAACAUCAAUGGGAACAACAAAACGGUGUCUCACUUGAUGAACUUAGAAGAAGGUCAUUGGAAGCUAAUAGCAAAGAGACGAUGUCAGUGACGUCCAGAGGCUCUGAAGGUUCUGAGGGACGCCCAAAGAGAGGAUUCAGCUCUCUAUUGCGUAGACAUACAAGCUUCACAGCCCAUGAUCGUCAUCCUACUAUGAGCUUGGCUCCGACUGAGCGGGAGUAAAAUCUAUGUUCGACUAUAAUCUACAUGCACAACCACUCCUUUUUGACAGCUUAAUACCAUAAUCUUCAUUUUGCAUUAACUGCUUUCUUUAUCUUUUUUAUUUACCUCAAUCACAUUUUUUUGUAGCAAUAAUUCUUGUUUAUUAAUCCUUUAGUAUUAAUCUGUAGAUGU